CACUCAAAGUGGAAGAAUGGCCGGCUCGAUGUGGCUCCGCUGUAUUUUAGGGCCUCAUCUGCAGCGUAUUCACCGCUCACCGGACCAGUCUCGACCUGAGGGCAGGGCUGGGAGGAGGCAGGGAUGGACCUACCAACCCAGGAGUCUGGAGAAACACACCGACAGCAUCCUCGGCUGGGCUUCAGCACUGUGGUCCCUGUCCUACUAUAGCUCUCCUCUUCUCCUUUGCUAUUUGUACAGGAAAGGUUACAUCUGCAGCAGUAAACUGAUUCCAGUGAGUCAGUAUUUGGGAACAGUGCUGGUGUGUCUUCUAGGAGUAGCCUGUCUUCGAGGCUGGGGGAGAUGGAAAAACUCUGAGUAUAUUCAGUUUCUCUCCAUUCUAGAAGAAACUCAAAAGAAUCACACGCCAACAAAUAAGAAGAGCCUGAGGUGCUAUGACUUUGACUUCUCGUUCUGGCCUUCGGACUUCAGCUGGACAGAAGUCAGCAAUCCGAAACUAUCCAAGGCUGGUGUUUCUCUGCUCAAGCCGGAGCCCAGAUUAGGAGGAGCGGCAGAAGGCGUCCUCCACUCUGUGAGAACUAUACCAUGCCACAUCAUCAGUUUUCUUAUCGUCCAUUCAUUUGGGAGGAGGAUGCUGUACCCGGGCUCUGUAGGUUUACUGCAGAAAGCCAUGCGGCCCAUGCUCUUGCAAGGCCAGGCUAGGUUAAUAGAAGAGUUUGACGGCCAAAGGAACAAGCUGGUGGCCUGCGAUGGCAAUGAGAUCGACACAAUGUUUGUGGAUCGAAGGAGGGACGGGGGCCAGACCGGCCAGACCCUGGUCAUCUGCUGUGAGGGGAACGCAGGCUUCUACGAGGUGGGCUGCAUGAACACUCCACUAGAGGGAGGCUACUCUGUCCUGGGCUGGAACCACCCGGGCUUUGCAGGCAGUACGGGAGUGCCAUUCCCCCAAAAUGAGGCCAACGCCAUGGAUGUAGUGAUCCAGUUUGCGAUGCACAAACUGGGCUUCCAGCUCACUGACAUUAUGGUCUAUGCGUGGUCCAUCGGAGGAUUCACAGCCUGUUGGGCAGUGAUGUCGUACCCAGAGAUCCAAUCAUUAGUGUUGGACGCCUCCUUCGAUGACCUCCUGCCGCUGGCCCUCAAGGUCAUGCCCAACAGCUGGAGGCCGCUGGUGCAGCACACAGUGAGACAGUAUAUGAACCUCAACAACGCCAAGCAGCUUCUCAAAUAUCAGGGACCCGUCCUGCUGAUCAGGAGAACCAGAGAUGAGAUCAUCACCACAAUGGGUCCAGAGGACGUCAUGUCGAACAGAGGCAACGAUCUCCUGCUUCAACUGCUGCAAUCCAGGUAUCCGAAGAUAAUGACGGAUGAUGCGGUGAGAGCAGUCAGGGAAUGGCUGGGCUGCGCCAACCCCUUAGAGGAGGCGUCGGUGUACUUUGGCUACAAAGUGGACGAUAACUGGUGUGUGUCUGUGCUGCGGUCGUAUCAGGCAGACCGAGAUGUUGUGUUUCCGUGGAGUGUUGGUGAGGACCUGACUCUGGAGAGCAGACGGCAGCUGGCUCUUUUCUUGGCACGAAAGCACAUGCGAAACUUUGAAACGACACACUGCACUCCUCUCCCCGCCUCCGAGUUCCAGUCUCCCUGGAGACUGUAGAGAACGAUGGCUGGAUGGACGCGAGGGAACCAGCAGCGGAGGAUUUGGAUGGCCUGUGGUCAAGAGCGUGUUUCUGGCAUGGUGUGAAUGUAGAACUGAUUCAUCGUCAUGUUUAUUAUUGCUGUAGUGGCAUCUGAGAAGAUCUGCUCUACUCUCUCUCAUCCGUAGCCACACGCCUGUAAAAUAUGGUACAUCGUUUGGUUGGUUAGAUUCAUUCUGUUCAGUGUUAGUCUCCUAGGGAAAAAGGCUUUUUUUUCCCUCCUUCCAUUCAUUGGCUGUAUUUGUAAAGAAGCAAUUAGAAGUAGAAAUGCAUCGCUAGCAUUUAAAUAUUGACUAACCUGCAAAUCUAGUCUGAAUCUUUAAAAUGCAGCCAAAGUGUGACGGUCAGGUAUUUUUAUUUUCUGUGGACUAUCUUUAUGAACAAAGCUGUAUCCUAAAAUAAUGCUUAGAUGUCUGUUAAAUAUGUUGAAUAAAAUGUUUGACAUAAGGGGCUCAAUACUUGAUGUGUUAAAUAAUAAAUUGUACAGAUAAGAAAGAAAUUUGAUCGUAAAUAAGAGAAUAAAAUUGCCUCGGAACACUG